AUGAAGUUUACAUCAGUGCUAGCCUUUUUUCUUGCAACUUUAACAGCUUCUGCAACACCGCUAGGUCUCUAUAAGAGGCAAAACGUCACUUCCGGCGGCGGUACGGUUCCCGUAAUCAUUACGGGUGGACCUGCCGUAUCUGGUAGUCAAUCCAAUGUUACUACUACAACACUAUUCAACUCUACUUCUACCUUAAACAUCACUCAACUUUACCAAAUUGCCACUCAAGUCAAUCAGACUUUACAGAGCGAAUCGUCUUCCGGUAUUAUCAUCGUCACAAACUGGCGUUCGAUUGAAACUUUAAGUUUCUUCUGCUCAAUCGUUUUCAACACAUCCAAGACUAUUGUUAUUACUGAGAAUUUCUUAUGGGGUGUACCAAUAUUGGGUAGCUCGCACGCUGAAGGUAGAGGCACUUUGGUUGCUGGUAGAGAUAAAGUUGUAUAUUCAGGUGUUUUCCCUCCUUACACUGUCCCCGUUGGUGUUUUGUCUGGUCAAAAGGAUGUACAAUGGUUUUUCGAUGCCUGUGAGCCAACUUUAAUUGCCAGUAACUCCACAAUCAGAACUCAGUACUCAAACUUUACGAGUGCUCAAAUAUCUUCUAAUGCUUCCUCCGGGACCAAUACAUCUUCGUCAUCCUCUGGUCCAGUGGUUCCAAUUAUAUACGAAGAAGGAUAUUCCCAAAGCUUAAUUCAGUCAUUAAGUUCUAGUAUUCAAGGUUUAGUUGUGAUCAGCUCUGGAACAAGUCACAACAGUACCGUCACAUCAUGGACAUCGGUUGACUUCCCUGUCGUUUAUGCUAGUGAUGGGUCUAGUGGCCAUGAUGGUUCAGGAAUUGGAUUCCUAAGUAAUACAAGUAUCCCUCAAGGCGCGAUUUCUGCUGGGUACUUGUCACCAAUCCAAGCACAAACUUUGUUGUCUAUUGCCAUCAAUAAUCAGGUUACAAGCAGUAGCGAGUUACAACAGAUCUUCCCGGCCAGUCAACAAUAA